ACAACCUCGAGUCAUUGCUGAGGGUAAGAACAAUAGAAUUCAUUUAUUUAUUUUAAACAAUAACGUUAGAUCAAAAAUAAAAAAAAUAAAAAAAAAAUUAUAUACAGUGAUUGGAGGUAUCUUAUUGGGUCCAUCCGUCAUGGGUCGAAUUCCGCAUUUUAAAGAGACUAUAUUUCCAACAGAUUCAUUACCAUUUUUAAAUCUCAUAGCUACUUUGGGACUUGUUUUCUUUUUAUUUCAAGUAGGACUUGAAGUUGAUUUACGUAUCGUAAAACGGGAUUGGAAACAAAGUGUAUCAAUUGCAAUUGCUGGUAUGGCUUUGCCCUUUGGAUUAGGUGCCGCUGUCAGUUUAGGUCUUUAUAAAUUACAAGAUGAUUCAAGUGUUUCAUUCUCUAGUUUUGUUUUAUUUUUAGGCGUUGCGAUGGCUAUUACUGCUUUUCCUGUAUUAGCGCGUAUAUUAGCAGAAUUGAAACUAUUACGUACAAGAGUUGGAGUGAUCACCAUGUCAGCUGGAUUAUUAAAUGAUUGCACAGCUUGGGUGUUACUUGCACUUGUUGUUGCAUUAUUGAAUUCUUCAGGUGGACUUCAAGCACUUUAUGUAUUCUUAACAACAGUUGCGUUCGCUUUAUUCUUAAUUUUUCUUAUUGCACCAUUAUAUCGAAAGUUAUGUGUUUAUACCAACUCGUUUGAAGCAGGUCCUUCCCCACUUUUGAUGGUCGUGACAUUGAUACUUGUUUUGGUCUCUGCCUUUGUGACUGACAUUACAGGUGUUCAUCCUAUCUUUGGUGGAUUUCUUGCUGGUGUUAUCAUACCUCAUGAUAAUGAUCUUGCAAUUAAAAUUACAGAAAAAUUCGAAGAUUUUGUGAACAUCAUUUUCUUACCAUUGUAUUUUACUUUAUCAGGUUUAAAGACACAAAUAGGUUUAUUAAAUACAGGUGUUGUGUGGGGAUACGUCAUUCUUGUGAUUGUAUUAGCGUGUUUUGGUAAAAUCAUAGGUUGUGCAAUUGCUGCUAAAUUAACUGGCUUGGAUACACGUGAAUCAUUUACUAUUGGUUUUUUAAUGAGUUGUAAAGGUUUAGUAGAGCUUAUCGUUUUGAAUAUUGGUCAUGAUGCUGGUGUUUUAAACGAUCAAGUAUUCGUUAUCAUGGUAGUCAUGGCUUUAAUUACCACAUUUAUGACAACGCCUAUUGUGAUGUGGUUAUAUCCUGAAUGGUAUCAGAAACAAACAGCAGAAGGAUUCAAUGAGGAUCAAGAUUCAAUUUAUUUUAAUACCCAUAAAGCGGGUUCCAGUAUGAAGACGAAUUGUUCUGAAUUUGAACCAGAGGAUUAUUAUUCACUCGUGACAAUGAUGAAUCGUAUUGAUACCGUACCUUCCAUGAUGGCCCUCAUUCGUCUUCUUAAACAAGACUCAAGUCCACGAACAAAAAAAUUUAGUAAAAGUAGAUUAGAUAUACAUGUCCUUCGUCUACUUGAACUCACUCAACGUGCAUCUGAUGUCAUGAAAAUUCAAGAUAUGCGAGAGACACAACGACAAGAUCCUGUAUUGAAUGUGUUGAGAACAUUUACAAGUUUAAUUGGAAUUGAAUCGUUACACACUCGUCUUGACUUUAGAUCAUCUACUGAAUUCAUAAAUGCUGUAUCAAGAUAUAGUGAAUCCGUUUCAGCAGACUUGAUUCUUCUACCUUGGAUAGGUGCAACAACAACAACAACAACAACAACAACAAUGACAGAUACAAUCAAUCCCUUUGAACAGUCUGCUUCUAGUUCCCAUCAUCCAUUAUUAUUAUCGGAUGUUGACUUUGCUUCUAGUGCUUAUUCAAUUAAACACUGUACAGUAGGUCUCUUCAUUGAUCGUGGGUUUGGGCAUAUUCAAGAUGGGAAUCCUAAAGACCAAACAAACUUUCAAAUCAUAGUACCUUUUAGUCAGGGUGGUCCUGAUGAUCGUGCUGCCCUUCUCUUUGCUCUUCGUCUUCAACUCUAUCGUCAAGCAGAGGUUUUGGUAUUAAAGCCAAUCAAAUCCGAUUCUUCAGUUUCUACUUUAUAUGCUACACCUGAUUCCAUUCAUAUGACCCUCGAUAGUAAUUCACACUAUAUGACAGAUCAGGAUCUUAUCGAGACCCUCUUUGUUUCAACGUCUACUGUAUCCAAUGUGGUUUUGAAAUCUGUUGUUGUUCUUGAAAAUGAAUUAUCCAUGAUGACGAUGACGACAACGACUCUUUUAGAUCAUCUUGAAAGAUCUUUAGGAAGACACGAUUUAAUUGUUUUAGGAAGAUCGAUAACUGUUGGAGAGAUACCCCUAAUGACCCCUGCCACUACUAUGACUACUGCUACUGCUAGAGGUAGUGGUGAGAUACCACAUUACAGUAGAGGGUUUAAAGCUGCUUUAGGAAAUAUGGCCUAUCAACUAUUGUCUGUUGGUACUUUGGCUAGUCUUGUUGUUAUUCAAGCACCUAUAGAUGAUUCUAACAAUACUGAAACAGUAUAAAAAGAAAAAUCGAACUAUUAUUAUUAUUUAUUUAUUUAUAUAUUUUACAUUGAAAAUAAACCACAAUUAUUGAUAUCAAUAGGAA